GGGAAAGAGAGGGAGGGAGGCAAGGAGGAAGGAACAGAAAGUUUAUGUACAUAAACCUUUUUUAAAAAAGUAUUGUUGCACCUGGUAGCUAGCUUUAGUGACACAGAAAUGAGAGGUCUGCUUAGUGCUUAAAUAGCUGAGAAACAAUGGGAUAGUGCAGGAAAGUUAACAAUUAACAGUCUCAGCUUAAAUUUUGUAACUACAGGGAACUGGAAACACAGCUGCCUCUCUCUUCAACAAAAGCGGGUCUCCUGGUUAAGAGAAAAAUUUUAACAUCUUAAAUUCUGAAAAAUAAGCAGCUCAGAGUUGAAUGACUAUCGUUCAGUUAUGGUUUUAACCAGCCUGCUCAUACUUAACUAUCUCUGCUCAUUUUAAAAGAGCAGCUGAGAGAGGAAUAGGGAGGCUUUUGAAAUGCCUUUUACUUUACUCUCUUAAAUGAGGGUACAGAGCAAUAAAGAGAGUUGAAGGCACCCAGCUGAAAAGAAGCAGCAAGGAAGAUGGGUCUGCUAAGUGUGGAUUUGCUGAUCACGCUUCAGAUCUUGCCGGUCUUUUUCUCCAAUUGCCUCUUCCUUGCGCUGUAUGACUCUGUGAUUCUCCUGAAGCACAUGGUGCUGUUUCUGAGCCGCUCUAAGUCUGGGCGCGGUGAGUGGAGGAGGAUGCUGACCUCGGAGGGGCUGCGCUGCGUCUGGAACAGCUUCCUCCUGGACGCCUACAAGCAGGUCAAACUGGGAGGAGAAGCCCCUAACUCCAGUGUAAUCCACAUAGCCAAGGGCAGUGAUGGUAGCAGUAGCAGCUGGAAGAAUGUUGGUGGCAAGUGUGGAACCAAAUGCCACCUUCUGGACUUUGCCAACUCUGAGCGGCCACUGGUGGUCAACUUCGGCUCAGCUACCUGACCACCGUUUACAAGCCAGCUGUCAGCCUUCAGCAAGCUGGUGGAGGAGUUCUCUGGUGUGGCUGACUUUCUGUUGGUCUACAUCGAUGAAGCUCACCCAUCAGAUGGCUGGGCUGCUCCUGGAAUCUCUCCCUCUUCAUUCGAAGUUAAGAAACACAGGAACCAGGAAGAGAGAUGUGCAGCUGCUCACCAGCUUCUGGAACACUUUUCCUUGCCACCUCAGUGCCAAGUGGUGGCUGACUGCAUGGACAACAAUGCCAACGUGGCCUACGGGGUUUCGUUUGAGCGAGUAUGCAUUGUGCAGAGACAAAAAAUCGCCUACCUGGGAGGCAAAGGCCCCUUUUUCUACAACCUGCAGGAAGUUCGGCUUUGGCUGGAACAAAACUUCAGCAAAAGAUGAAAUCCAUUCUCUACAGAAGUUAUGUUAACAGAUAUGUCCCUUUAAGGAGAUGCAAAAGGGAAAAAAAAGAGAAUGUGUUGGUUUGAAUAAAAGCUUUGAGAACACAAGCUUUUUGAUAACAAUUUCAAGUGACUGUUAAUGAGGAAAAGAAAAUUUAAAAAAAUCUAGCUCCACAGAAACAUUGUCUGAAAAAAAAUCCCACUCCUGUGCUUGCUAUAGAACAGAAGAGAUGAACAGGCUUCUGUGAAAAGGUGCUGCUGGCAAGCAGGAAGGGUGGUGAGAUAAGACCUGUCUCCCAGGAACCCCUCUCAUGAUGUGUCAGCUCUGGGGUGAGCCAGAGGAAGCAUUUCUGCUUGGAAGGCAUUCCAUGGAAAGACAGUGCUGUGCAUUAUUUCAGAAAUGCUUCUUUAGCCCUCUGUGGCCAAUGUAGAGAACAUGGGAGGAGCAAGAAGUUUGCAGUUACUUGCAUAGAAACGCAGUGGAGUGUAGUGAUUGUCCUCUCUUGGUAGAGAAGUUAUUGUUUAGGGGCUACAGGAACCACCAUGCAAUGCAUAGCUCAGGCAGACUGGCUGCUCAGAUCAAGAUGAACCAUUGUCUGCUGGUAUUUGUACUCUCUGUGGACACCUCUGCACAGCAUAUUAACUGUGUAAUGCUACCUAUAUGUUUGUAUCUGGUAUGCAGGCCUGUGCAUGCUGAGAAAGAUGUUAAAAUUUGUGGAGUUGGACCAAAAAGACAAAGGACAUCCAAUAAUCCCAUUACCAUUUGAAAACUAAAAUAGUUAGACUAUUUAUAAGAAAACAUUGAGAACCAUCUAGAGUAUGCAUCAUGAGACAAAACUCAGCUGACGUCAACCAAACCUGUAGUUCUCAGAGCUCACAACACACAUUUAACAAUAUUCUCUGGUUCUCAUCUCUGUUUCUUUACCCCACCUCUAUCUGUUUCUCUCUAACAAUAGGCUUAAAGGUAAUUUUUAGCUUCUAAAAAAAUAACUUAUUUCUCUCCUUUAUUUUUAUUUGAGAUAAUGACCUUGCAGGUGUAUUUUGGGGAUGGGGGAACUUAUGCACAGCGUUACCUCAUUGAAAUGGAAACCUAUCCUGUCAUUUACCCUGUUAAAUGUAGUCAUGCUGAUUUUUGAUAUCUUAGAUACCUGAAACUAGUUUAAAGCUAGUUUAUCUGAAUAUGAUUACAUGUUAGUUUAUCUGCAGGUUAAGUUGUUUGUUGCCUUAGAAUUGAUUAGCUGCAAUUCUGCUAACAGAUGAGCUGAUAGUCUGUUUCACUCAUGUUCUCAAAAACCUUCCCAGAAGAGAAACAGGGAGGACAAAUAGUGUGAAUUAAUGUGAAUGAGUGUAAAAGGUGGUAGAAUUGUCCUUCGAAUGGGUUUGAGGAAUUAAUCUUAUAUUUAAAGAGAUACUGUGAACUUAGAGUAUACAUUAAGUUUAAGUAUUUCUAAAACUAAAUUAUUUGAUCAAGCCUAAUGAAAAGGCAGAUCUACAAUGAACUAACCCAUUAGAUCUGAAAAAUGAAAACCCAUAUGGAAAUGGACUAUCCAAGCUUUCUCUCAACUUUGGCAGAAACAUGAAACAUAUAAACAAAGUAAGUGGGGAAUAUCAAGUUAGUUCUUUUAAUUUCUCAUCCUGCCCAUUGUCAGGAAUAUGAUGUGUUGACAUACAUAAAUAUUUCCAUUUUCACAAUGCCCAUUAAUAUGCUGUAUUUCUUCUUGCUAGGUUGUUGGUCAACAUAGCCAAUGUACAAGGAAUUUGGAAAUGUGUUUUCAAGCACAGAUCUGAAUUAAUGACAGCAACAUGGGUGAUUUCUCCCAUACUCAGAUUUGUGCUUCCCAUUCUCACAUUUUCCUUGACACACUGUUAAACAUAUACACACACACAGUUUGGUAAUGUGUGUCACAGAAGGGUGUAAAGAAUGAUCUUCAGAUCUCCUGGUGAGCCCCAUUGCUUAGAAGGCAUGCAUCUCUGUGUGUGUAUACAUAUAUAUGCAGUUAUGUAUGCAUCUGUAUGUAUAUAAUACAUUUUUAUGUAAGUAUAUACAUAUGCAUGCACAUAUAAGUGGUGUCUAAGACCCUUUAUAAUAAUUUUUCUGUUCUCCCUUCAUUAUUAAUACUGUAACUCACUGCUCAGUGUGGAAGAUUGUUAUAGCUCUUCAUGACUAACUGGGAUAAAUAACUGAAAUUUUUAAACCUAAUAUCCUAAAAACAGUAAUAUAGCCCAACUUCAUGGUUUAUUUAAUCCAGUGUCCUACCUCUGGCAGUAUCAGAUGCUUCAGGAGAAGGUGCAAUAGUUACUUACAGAACUUUCAUUAGCUUCAGCCCUUAUUAUUUUUGCCUCUUCUGAAGUGAUUGUUGAUGUCUCAUCAUCCCUAUGAGAGGCUAAUCCAGAGUUUUGAAAUAUAAAUAUUUUGUGAGGUGGAGGUUACUAAAGUCAAAAAACAUCACGUUUAAGAACAAAGAAAACCAAAAGAAAACCGAUUUUUUUUUUUCAAAUUUAAAUUGGCCGCUUUUCAAUGUCAUUCUCAUCUCUUGCUAUUAUAUGCUAAACCACCAUAAACAGAAGCGAUCCAAAUUUUUCUUCUGUAUGUUGGUCAUUAUAAAAUAUAUAUAGAAAUUUAUGUACCUUUUCUUUGUUUCUUAAGCCAAACAAUAACUCAUAUUCUUAUACAGGUCCAUAUUCUUUGCUUGUCCCUGAAUCUCUUUUAUUUUUGCUACAUUGUCCUUUUACUUAGGUCAGUAAAGAUGUAGACUUUAAUCCAAGUGAAAAUAUGUAUUGAUAUACCCAGCACAUCUUUUCCUUAUAUCCUAUUCUUCAGUCAUCUGAAACUUUCUUAAUCCAUAGCAGCUCCACAGCCUUUGUAAAACUUAAACUGGUCUUUUCUUUUUCUCUUUUCCUCGUUAUAUGGUUUAAGUCUGAACUGUUUAUCUGGGAAAUGCUGGACAAUAAUUUAGCACAGGUGUUGAAACAUGCCUUUAGUUCAGAGGAAAGAGCCUGAGUUAGUAAUUCAAUUUGUUAAUACCUAUUUGCAUAUCUAAAGUUACAAAUUUUUGUCAAGUCCAUUUUCUCCUUUUGAAUUUCCAUUAUUGUGUCCUGUAAUUCAUAGAUGCCUGUUCAUCACAUAGUAUACAGAAAUUAUAAAAUUGGCUCCCAUAAAUGAGAAGUCCACAUUGAUUUUCCACAAGAAAAAGUGCACAAAAACUUAAUUUCCUUUUUGGUAAUAUGCAUUACUUUCCUACCCAAAACUUAAAGAUAAUACAACCUCACUGAUUAUCAAGACAGAAAUAAAAUUUACAAAUCCUUGAAUUUCCCCCAAAAAUUUCUGUUCAAGAAAGUAAGGCUUUCUUCAAAGAGAAAUGAGCUUAGAGGAAAGAAAAAAAAUAUUUUCUAAAUGGUUGAUAGAAACAUAACCUCCUUUUUUUUUUUUUUUUUUUUGACAAUAUUUAAACAUUUUAUGGAAAAAGUUUUAAACUAAACUUCAUGAAUUGUCCUCAGCUGAUGAUAAAAGUGGCCAUAUGUCAGAUACAAAAAUUUUUGUAACAGUGUGUUGUUUUGAGUCCAGGCAGAAAUUUUACUGCUUUGCUAGCUUUGUUCUUCACAGCUGGUCUCGUCUGCUGUGAGACUGGAUUUACUUCUGUCUCUUAUUCUCACUGUUUCAGGGCACUAUACCAUAUUACUUGAGGUGCUUCAGUGUGACAUACAUAUUGAGCGAAAGCUCACAAAAUAGGUGCCUGAAAGUAUUCUGGAAGGCUACUGUAUAUAAUAGAGACUCCAAUACUGUGUCUCAGCAUUAGUAUGGGCAACUUCCAGUACUUCUUCAUUUUGAGCAAGGUAAAAAGCUAUUCUGGGUUAUCAUUUUACAUUGUUCUCUGUUCUUAACAUCUGUAUUUAGCACUGUAUAAAAGGAAUGUAAAAUGUUUUGUAUGGAUGACAAUGAUAGCAUUUUGCUCUUUCCUUGUGUAGACAAUGACAUAAUUUUAAGGCAGCAGGAAAACUUGCCCUGUUUAUUAAAAAAAAGAAAAUGUAUUGUGAAGUGUAUUGUUGAACAGCUGUCUGAACACUUUGAAAAACAAAAUUCAGUGAUUUUUAGGAAGGUGAUCUUGGUGGUGAAACCCAUAAAGCUUCUCAAAAAGGUAUCAGUGCUAUGCAUUCAGGCGUGUGUGGGAAGCUGUGUUUCUGUGUCUGUGAAAGUGGCUUUUCUGUGAUGUGGAGUAUAGGUUUAAGAGUUUUUAAGACUUUCAUUCAGUACUAUAACCAAAGCAAUAAGAGGUAUCAGGUAGGGAAUAUUGGCCAGUUUUGUUCAAGUCGACACCAUGUCUGUGACAAAGCCUUAUUCAGUGACCUUUGGGCCCCAUUCGGAGUCUUCGGAGAAGAGAGAUUGGGGUGACACAAGGGAGGGUGGUGUGCUUAUGAAGAUCGCUAAUAAAAGAGUGAUUAACUCAGUUAGCGUUCAGAUGCCCUCACACUGGCAUUCCUCUGUGCACCUUGGAGUUUCUGUAUUUGAAAGAGGGGUCUCUUUGGGUCAGUUAAUAAGAUCACCAUGUUGUAGGUCCUGCGUGUACUGACUAUGUGUUUGUCAUUGCUUAAAUGUUAAAAAUAUACUUUGCAGGAGAGCCAGCAAAAUUUUGUUACAAUAUGGUGCUCCAUGAAAUAUGCUUUCUAGAUUUGUUUUUCUUGUAUUAUAAUAAACGAUAAAAGAAAAUA